AUGGACGCAUCGAACGAAGUGAAUCCCGAUGCGGGCUGGCAACCAAAUGGGCGCCCCCAGUCAACAAUUGCCCUUGACUUCUCUGCUACACUGGACGACCUUUUCAAGCUCAACGGUAUUGGCGCACUGGAGGAAGCUGUGGUUCAGAAACAAGACACUGUCCUUUCUCAGAGAUACGAACUCGAGACGCUAGAAACCAAACUGCGUGAAGCAGAUGAAAAGCUGAAACGACUUGAAGCAAAGCACAGACGACAGCAGAGUACAGUCAUCACCAAACGGAAACCCGUGUCUGCCAAUGCUUUCGGCCUCGCGGAUAAUGAAACGGAGGAAGACAGCUCCGGCGACAGUGACGGCCAACAAGGCCGAUCUCCUUCGUCGGCGAGGGCAGAUGGCCCCGGAUACAACAACUCGCGAACAUGA